AUGAGCGAUGAGAUGCGGGCAAAGUUCCAGGAGGCUGAGGCAGUCGGCAGGGUCGACUCCGCAGAUCUCCGCAGCAGUCGGCCCACCACAGACACGAAGCUUGAUGGGGUGGGACCUCGGGCAAGGGCCAUGGCCAAGCUGCGAGAGAUGAUCUACUGCGCUCGACCCAAGCUGAUGACCUUUUGGCAGCGCAUUGAUGCUGCUGGCCAAGGUGUGGCACCACUUUCUGAGUGGGCAAAGGCCAUGCGUGCUUGUGUUGUGGCAGACGACGAGUUUCCAUGGGAAUGGCUGCAGCCUAUCAUGCUUCCCAUGGAGCCAAUCGAGGAGUCCGGCCAACUGCCAGAGACCUUCCACUACGUGAGCUUCCUGACGCAGUACGAGAAUGCAUUGUCCAAGAAGUUGGCGGACCAGUUGCAUAGCAGUGCUGUGAUUCUGAUGGCGGACAACGUCACAUCAAAGCAGGAGGCUGAGGCGGCGUGGAACCUGAUCGAUCGCAACGGUGAUGGAAAACUGAGCUACCAAGAGCUCCGGCCGCUGCUGCGCAGCAGCGCCUUAGCCAUCAACAACGCAUCAUUGGAAGAGGAUAGGGUCUACUCCGUCCUGGUGAAGAUGGAUCGGGAUCGCACCGGCUUUGUGGACAAAGCCGAAUUCGUUCGAGCUGUCAUGCGUGCUUUGCAAUUCCAGCAGAGCCUCAAUCAGGGCGGCAGUACACCGGGCUCGCCGGUCGACUUGAUGAGCAACGAAGGAGGCUCUUCUAGCUCUCCUUUGAGUCCUAUGCAUGCGCUGGGCUUGCAGUACGGGUCACAGCUGGAGAAGAGGAGGAAGAGGGCUCAUGACUUGAGGAAGGAGCUGGCACAGUGGACAGAAUCAGACAUUGCCAACUGCUGGGCGGCCACGCAAGCGGCAAUCCGGGCGCUGGCAACCACUUGUGGCUGUGCAAGCUCUGUCUUCCAGGUGCUUGACGGGGACGGGGAUGGUGCCAUCGACCGGCAAGAAUUCCAGAAGGGGCUCAUGCAGCUCCUUCGAGGUUCACCUCUCCUCAAAGCCUUCGACCGGUGGGAGCCACUACUGUGGAAACUGGUGGAUGAGGAUGGCAGUGGCUUUGUAUCUCCACAGGAGCUCAACAUGGCCUUCUCGGUGCGACAGUUCAUGUCCAUUUAA